AUGCGUCAAAAGAGAGCUAAAUCAUACAGAAAGCAGUUGCUCGUUUACAACCAUACUUUCAGGUUCAGAGAACCUUAUCAAAUUCUGGUAGAUAAUCAAAUUGUUACAGACUGUAGUACCUCCAACUAUGACUUAGAGAAGGGAUUACACCGUACUUUGCAAGCAGAGGUGAAAGUAAUGAUAACGCAAUGUUGUAUGCAGGCACUUUAUGAGGCUAAUGAUCAGAAUGCUAUUGAGCUAGCAAGACGUUUUGAAAGACGUCGUUGCAAUCAUAACCCAAAGGAUCCAAAGACACCAAUUGAAUGUAUUGAAAGCGUUGUCAAUAUUAAUGGACAAAAUAAACAUAGGUAUGUGGUAGCUGCUCAAGAUGUGGCUAUAAGGAGAAAACUAAGACAAGUUCCUGGGGUACCACUAGUUCAUAUUUCAAGAGCCGUUAUGAUAAUGGAACCUCUAAGUGAUGCAAGUGCUAAAGUGAGCAAGAGAAAGGAAAAUGAAAAACUAUAUAAAGGCCUAAAUGAUCCUAAAUAUACAGGGGUUAAAACUGCGGCUGAAGACGUUAAAAUUGACGACAAACCCAAACCUAAGAAGAGUAAAUACGGUCCCAAGAGUCCUAACCCGCUGAGUAUGAAGAAGAAGAAACAGGAACCUAAACGUAAUAGAGAAGAUUCCACUGAGGACCAAGAAUCUUCAGAAAACAAAAAGAAGAGAAGAAGAAAGCAUAAACCAAAGACUGAAGCCGACACUGUUACGGAACCUGCUGCUUCUGAUUCUCUAGGACAACAAUAA